AUGAUCGAUGAUUCAGCGGAUUGGCCUGGUCGAUGGAAUCAUAUCUUGAAAUUGAUUACUAGAGGUGGGCCAUUCGCAAGACCCGAUUUUGUACCCAAUCCGGAGAUUUUGCCUUUUAUACUCGAUAAUUGUAAAAUUCUCGUUAUUGGUGCUGGUGGACUAGGAUGCGAAUUGUUGAAGGAUUUGGCAUUAACCGGCUUUAGAAACAUCGACGUGAUUGAUAUGGACACAAUUGAUGUUUCUAAUCUCAAUAGACAAUUUUUAUAUAGGCCUAAAGACGUUGGCAGACCAAAAGCUGAAGUAGCUGCAGAAUUUGUAAAUCGUCGUAUCCAUGCUUGUAAAGUGCAGCCAUAUUAUGCUAGAAUUGAGGACUAUGACGAAUCAUUCUAUAAAAAAUAUAGUAUCGUUGUCAGUGGCUUGGACUCUGUUAUUGCUAGACGAUGGAUUAAUGGCAUGCUUCUUAGUUUACUUGAAUACGACGAAUCUGGUGCUGUAAUUCCAACAUCUGUUGUUCCUUUUGUUGACGGUGGAACUGAAGGAUUUAAAGGCAACGCUCGCGUGAUAUUACCAGGAAUUACAGCAUGUCUAGAAUGUACAGUAGACCUAUUUCCUCCUCAGGUCAACUUUCCAUUAUGUACAAUAGCUCAUACACCUAGGCUACCAGAACAUUGCAUAGAAUAUGUUCGAAUCUUACUGUGGCCACAAGAGAAGCCAUUUGGUGACGAUACUGGUGUUGAUGGAGAUGAUCCAAGUCAUAUACAGUGGAUUAUGGAUAAGGCUAUAGAUAGGGCUGAAAAAUAUAAUAUUAAAGGAAUUACAUAUAGAUUGACCCAAGGUGUGGUAAAGAGAAUUAUCCCUGCUGUUGCAUCUACAAACGCUACCAUUGCUGCCGCUUGCGCCAAUGAAGUAUUUAAGCUUGCUACCAGUUGUUCAGGAAUGCUAUCAAAUUAUAUGGUAUAUAAUGAUACUGAAGGAAUGUAUACUUACACCUUUGAGGCCGAAAAGCGGGACGAUUGUGUCGCUUGUAGCUUGAAACCUCAGACACUAUCUUUUCAUGAAAAUGAUAAACUGAAGGAUGUAAUAAACUACUUAAAAGAAAGUCCUCAUUUGCAAAUGAAAUCGCCUGGGAUAACAGCGGUAGUCAAUGGACGAAACAAAACUCUUUACUUAUCGAAUAUUCCAGCAAUUGAGGAAAAGACAAAGCCGAACCUAAAUUUAACGUUAUCGGAAUUAGGAUUAACGCAGCAACAGGAAAUAGGGGUUGUUGAUAAAACAACGCCAAAAUCAUUAAUAUUUAGGAUUAACUUAAUUACAUCAAUGGAUCAAUAG